GCCAGAAGUUUUGAAGCUGCUGAGGAAAAACGUAUUGGGAAACUUAUUUUUGGUAGACUGGAAAUUUUUUUUUUUAAUAAGAUAUACUGAAGAUCAUUCUGCCUAUCUUUUGUGCCUGUUAUACUUCUGCAUAGUUUUAUACUUUCAACAAAGCAAUGGUUGCUCCUAAUAUAUUAACGACAGAAAGCCAAACACAACUAAGUAAAGUGUCUAUUUCGGAGACUGUUAUUGGCCAGGGUGGCUCAGAAAUUUAUGUUAAAUGGAUUAAAACAAGACUCUUCGAUACGGUUAUCGCUGCGCUUCCUCACGGUUCGCCCCUAUCAAACUCAUUAUGGAUUAGUAAAGAUAAAGGAAAAACUUUCAUUAAUUAUAAUGAAAAUAUUGAGAAUACAAAUUUUCACAUCGAGCCUCCGAUGAUAAUUAAUCCGCACUUUCCCAACAUUGUCAUCCUACUUUCUAGUGAUUUUGAAAAUUUUAUCGUUACUCGAGACGGGGGAGCUACUUGGAAUAUUCAUUAUUUUCCUGCUGACUUAAAAGUUAAUGGCGCUAAGUGGUAUUUUCAUCCCACCAAUGAGGAUUAUAUUCUUCUCUUAACCGGUUUUGACCCUUAUAAAAGUCUUCAUUUAACCACUGAUUUUGGUGCCAAUUGGAACUUAAAUGUCGCCUAUAAUGUUAAUGAAGCCAAAUGGGGCUCUUAUAACUUCCAUACAGAAAAAACUGUCUUUUUUUCGCUCGAUAAUAACUUUAAAGAGCACACGUAUGAUUUAUACUAUACUGACGAUCUUUUUGCCACGAGGACACUACUACGCCAAAGAAUAUCAGAAUUUUCGUUGCUGAAAAAUAUUCUUUUUGUAACUGUUCCAGUUGAAAACAGUUUACAGCUGCACGUGUGCACCAAUUCUAACACUAGCGGAACUCUGCAUUGGAAUCGCGCCCAUUUUCCGCUGGACGUUUCGGAGGUUCAUAAUAAAACUGGCAUUGAAUUCGCUUAUGAUAUUCUUGAGGAAUCAUAUGGAUCCGUAUUUAUCAGCGUGGUCAAUGGGAGAAUAAAUAUUACUGAUAAGAUCGCAUUAACUUCAGGAAACCUCUACAAGUCUAACGCUGAUGCAACACAAUACACACUUUCUUUACCUAAUUUACUUUUUACUUUUUCGUCAAAAAGUGACUUUCAUAAAGUGUCAGGCACUCACGCAACUUUUUUAAGCAAUCAGUUUUCAUUUGCCCCCGAUAAAGGUAUAGUUGUGCGUUCCUUAAGAUCCCACAAUAAUGGCGGCCGCUGGGAAGCAAUAACGGCUCCUCCUUUAGAUAAAAGCGAUCAGAACUACGAAGAAUGCCUCUACGGCGGAUGCUUCUUACAACUUCACGAUCGCCUAACUGAUAGUCUCACGCAUUCGAGCGUGUCUCCCAUUUUUUCCUUAAAAACUGCUGUGGGAUUGAUCAUUUCUCAUGGCACUGUUGGGAAGUUUUUAAACUUGAGAAAUAUGAAUCUUUAUAUUUCCCGAGAUGGCGGUUCUCAUUGGUUCAGGGCUCUUUCCGGUGUCCAUACCUACGCUGUUGGGGGUCACGGAGGAGUGAUUGUUUCAUGCUUACAAGGUUCAACUACCAAUUCAGUCUUAUAUUCUCUCGAUGAAGGAUUUUCGUGGGACUCGUUGAAUAUUUCACAAGAUAAUUUAACUGUUUCAAAAAUAUUAACAGCCCCUGAUUCGUCAUCUUUGAUAUUCAAUGUUUGGGGCCACAACGAGUCGUCUUUUUGGACUGUUAUAAGUUUGGACUUUAGUAACAUUUUUUCGCGAAACUGCAAAGAAAAGGACUUUAUGAAAUGGCCUGUUGAAAGUUCAUUUGAUUCAUACGAGCCAUGUGUGUUGGGCCAAAGGAUGUAUUAUUAUCGAAAAAAGUUGACUUCCAAUUGUUUGCUGGAGCACACUUACACUGUUAAAAAUGAGACUUCGCCAUGUGCUUGUACUAAAGAAGACUUUGAAUGUGAUGUUGGGUACCGCCGCCCAAAUAUUAACGAGCCUUGCGUCCCCAUUGAGGGAUACAACUACACUUCGCCUUCUAUUGCUUGCGAGCAGGGACAGUCCGGGUUCAUACUCUCCUCAGGAUACCGUAAAAUGGCGGGAGAUAUUUGUACGGGCGGCGUAGAAAAUCUUUUUCCCUACAAUUUGAGCACUUUUAUUCCCUGCACGACCUCGCCGGCUGCCGCCUCGUCUUCCUCAUUUUUUGUGCUUCUCACUCUUUUAUACAUUGUUUUUCUUAUCAUCUCUCUCGUGGUCGCGCACUUUUUAUAUAGAAAGAAAAACUAUUGGCGCUCGCGCUAUGCAGUAUUAGCCCAAGAAGACCACGAUCUGGACUUACCCAGCACUGCUUUGGAAGUGGUCGGCGGUUCAACCAACUCAGAAAGUGCUUCUCUUUCUGAAGAUGAGCCUCUUAAAUCAAUUGAAUGAGUUCUUACUAUGAAUUCCACUAAAAUAUAUAUAAC